AUGGUGACAAAGUUCUACCAGCACAUCCUGACCUUGGCAUUUGCUGUAAGUGAAGUUAACAAAAACCCCAAGAUUUUGCCAAAUGUCACACUUGGGUUUCACAUCUUUGACAGCUACAAUGAUGAAAGGAUGACCUAUCGUACCACUCUAGACCUGAUUUCCAAUUCACAAAGAUUUGUUCCCAACUAUGAAUGUGGUACCCAGAAAAAUCUAAUAGCUAUUAUUGGAGGAAUGGGUUCUGAUAUUUCCUUCUGUAUGGCAGAUGUCUUGCAUCUGUACAAGAUUCCACAGAAUAUAAAACCUCAUUGGUCACAAGGAGAUGGUUUCCUACAGGAGUUCUGGGAACAAGCCUUUGACUGCUCAUUUCCAAAUCCCAGUAUGUCAAAACUGGAGGAGAAAAUAUGUACAGGAGAUGAGAAACUGGAAACCCUUCCUUCUGCUGUUUUUGAAAUGGCCAUUACUGGCCACAGCUACAGUAUCUACAAUGCUGUCUAUGCUGCAGCAUAUGCUUUACAUGCCAUGGACAAACCUAGAGCACAACAUAGAACAAAGAUGCGAAGCCAAAGGCUUGGAAGUUUCCAAUCUUGGAAGAGAGUGAAGGUUGGGCAAGUAUAUCCCAAAACUUUGGAAGGAAAAGGAUUAAUCGUUAAUGAUUAUAUAAUUGAAUGGCCCAGAGGCUUUAACCAGGUGAUGCCCCUUUCUGUGUGUAGUGAUGCCUGCCAACCUGGUUAUCAGAAGAAAAGGAAAGAAGGGGAGAAAUUUUGCUGCUAUGACUGUGCUCUGUGCCCAGCUGGGAAGAUUUCAUACAAAAGGGACAUGAAUGGUUGUUUCAACUGCCCAGAAGAACAAUAUCCAAGCAUGGAUCAAGAUCGAUGUAUCCCUAAAGCUAUAUCCUUUCUGUCAUAUGAAGAACCUUUAGGGAUCAGCUUAACUGCAGUUUCUAUUUACUUAUCACUAAUCACUGUCUUGGUGUUAGGGAUGUUUAUUAAACAUAAAAAUACCCCCAUAGUCAAAGCCAACAAUCAGAACCUCACCUACACUCUCCUCAUCUCUCUGUUUCUCUGCUUCUUAUGUUCUUUGCUAUUUGUUGGACAACCUGGAAAAGUGACCUGCUUUCUUCAACAUUCUUUGUUUGGUGUCAUCUUCUCUGUGGCUAUUUCUUCUGUGUUGGCCAAAUCUAUCACUGUUGUUCUUGCUUUCAAGGCCACUAAACCAGGGUCCAACUUAAGGACAUGGGUGGGGAAAAGACUGUCCAUCUCCUUUAUGCUUUCUGGUACCUUCAUUCAAGCUGGCAUUUGUGCAGUGUGUCUGGGAAUAUCUCCUCCAUUUCCAGUUUUGGACAUGCAGUCAGAGGCUGGAGAGAUCAUAGUAGAAUGUAGUUCAGGGUCUGCCACCAUGUUUUGUCUCAUCCUGGGCUACUUGGGACUUCUGGCCAUCAUCAGCUUCACUGUGGCUUUCAUAGCUAGAAAGUUGCCAGACAGUUUUAACGAAGCCAAGUUCAUCACCUUCAGCAUGCUGAUGUUUUGCAGUGUUUGGUUGUCUUUUGUUCCGGCUUACUUGAGCACCAAAGGGAAAUACAUGGUGGCUGUGGAGAUCUUCUCUAUCUUAGCCUCUAGUGCUGGUUUAUUAGGUUGUAUCUUUAUCCCAAAAUGCUAUAUCAUUGUGUUGAGGCCUGAAUUGAACAGCAAGGGACACCUAAUAAGGAAAAAUAAUUUCAAAAUGUAA